AUGCCCCUUUUCAAGACCCUGUCUCCAUUCGGUUCCUUCGCAUUCGAUCCAAGUCCCUGGUUCUCGCAUCUGUUCUCCAACCUCGUUCAACAUUUUCGCCAACUAAAAGCCUACCGAUUUCUCUCACAGUCCAUCCUCUUCCUCGAAAUUGCGAGCGCUUUUCGACGCCCAACAUUCCGACUACUAAAAAGUGUCUACUACGCUCCUCAUGACUCGUUGGAAUACAUUGAUGGAGGUAGCGCUCUUGGAGAAGAAAUUAGCGCCGUGGAAUGUGUGGAGGUUGACGACUUGAAAGAUCACACUAAGCCCGUGGUCCAAAGCCCGUUGGCGGCUGCGUUCGUCGCUAACGUCGGAGGCGAUGCUCCGGAUAUCAAUAACAACAUGACCGUGGGGGAUUCAAGAGAGAGGUUAUCGGACGUGUCGAUGAGCGAGACUCACCUCCAUGUACAAUCAAUCGUCGAUAUGUCCUCCAUACGAGAAUCUCAGGUUACAGCGAAAAUCAGGAGGAGGGCGCUCCUUAUUGGUGUUGGAAAUAAUUUGAGACGUGAGGACCUGAACGACCUUCCUUCUACGAAUGACCUUCCGCCUACAAACGAAUAUUCCUGUCGCGAACACCGUGAUGUGGAGGACAUGCGCUCUCUCCUGGAAGAUAUGUAUGGCUAUGACCCGAAUGAGAUUGUUUCUCUAUUAGACGACAACAAAGAAGGGUCUAUUCAUCCCACGCGAGAGAACAUUGUCCGCCAGAUACAAAUACUUGUAGAGGGGGCUAAACAAAACGACCAUUUCUUCUUUUAUUUCGUAGGCCAUUCAUUUCAAGAAGAUACGGACGACGAGGAAGAAGAGGACAGGAAGAACGAGUUUAUUUUGACUGCCGAUGGGGAGGAAAUCAUGGACAACGAACUUCGACAACUACUUGUUGAUCCUCUCCCAUCGACAUGCUCAUUGACAGCGAUUUUUGACUCCUGUCACUCCUGCUCACUCCUCGGUAGUAUCUCCCUCAUUUUAGAUGUAACCGAGUCUAUGUUCCAUGGCUCAACAGAGGGAAAAGGAGAACAGAUACAAUACUGGCAAAAAAUCAACGGAAGCUGGAAAUUGAUCAACAUGACAGAUUAUUUCGAGCACCUCAAUCUCGAUGCUACCUUGCCCAACAACUUUCUUCUCAAGUCGGCCCUGGCCAGUCCCUCUUCAACACGUCGUGCGACCGGGUUUCCUCCACCGCAUUUUCCAUCUGGAGAUCCGUCCAACAAACCACGACCGCCCAUUAGACGACCACGUAUUCUGACGGAAAUCUCAGAGUACACAGCAUCCGUUCCUACCAGCAUGCCUACCCCUAAUUCAGGCAGAGCUAUUGCCUCGCCUGUCUCCUUGUAUUGUCAUGGUAAUUGCAGGAAAGAUCCCAUCUUCAUGAGGAGGAAUGUACCCCAAGCUGACGUCAUCUGUCUGUCGUCAUCCAAAGACAGCCAAGUAACAUGGAUUAGAGAUGGUUCCACAAUGACUCAAUUUUUGGUCAAGAUGCUGAGAGAGCAGCCGAGACGGAAGCUCAAAGAUGUACUCACGCUGGUUAGCCAUGACAUCCACCGAAGCUACAUCGAAAUGCACGAUGAGUCGCGAGACUAUAAGAGACAGGUCAAGAAAUGGAACACUGAGAUUAAACUUGGGAAGAAAAAGAAGGUGAUCCCGCCACCCAAUCUGGAGAUACACAAUUUUCAAGAUCCUCAGAUUUCCAGCUUGCGCCCAUUGAAUAUGGAUAGAUAUUUCGAACCAUAA